UGACAGACAUGCCAGAGAACGUUCCUUCAAGGUAGGAGACCAGGUUAUGGUCUUGAAGGCGCAACAGGCCCAUAAGAUGGAAGCAUCAUGGGAAGGGCCCUUCACGGUCCAAGAGCGCCUGGGAACUGUAAACUACCUCAUAGCAUUUCCCAAUUCCUCACUAAAGCCUAAAGUGUACCAUGUUAAUUCUCUCAAGCCUUUCUAUUCCAGAGACUUACAGGUUUGUCAGUUUACAGUCCAGGGAGAUGAGGCUGAGUGGCCUGACGGUGUCUACUACGACGGGAAAAAAGACGGUGGCGUGGAAGAGGUGAACCUCUCAACCACCCUGGAACGUCUGCAGCGGCGACAAAUCAAGGAGCUGUGCACUAGCUUCGCCCCAUUGUUCUCAGCCACCCCAGGACGGACUGAACGGGCAUACCACUCCAUUGACACAGACUCCUGGCCCGAACACCUACUACACCUGGAAAAGGUCUUUGAGCGCAUCAGGCAGGCCGGACUAACUGUUAAGGCCAAAAAGUGUCAAAUAGGCCAAAACAGAGUGACUUACCUGGGUCACCAGGUGGGUCGAGGAACCAUAAACCCCCUACAGGCCAAGGUGGAUGCUAUCCAAAAGUGGCCUGUCCCAAGGUCAAAGAAACAGGUCCAAUCCUUCUUAGGCUUGGCCGGAUACUACAGGCGAUUUGUACCACACUACAGCCAAAUCGCUGCCCCACUGACCGACCUGACCAAAAAGACCCAGCCAAAUGCAGUUAAGUGAACUGAUGAGUGUCAAAAGGCCUUUACCCAACUUAAGGUAACGCUCCUGUCUGACCCUGUGCUCAGGGCCCCGGACUUUGACAAGCCAUUCCUAGUAACCACCGAUGCAUCUGAGCGUGGUAUAGGAGCAGUGCUCAUGCAGGAAGCAACAGAUCACAACUUCCAUCCUGUCGUGUUUCUCAGCAAGAAACUGUCUGAGAGGGAAAGUCACUGGUCAGUCAGUGAAAAGGAAUGCUAUGCCAUUGUGUACGCCCUGGAAAAGCUACGCCCAUAUGUUUGGGGACGGUGGUUCCAACUACAAACUGACCAUGCUGCACUAAAGUGGCUUCAUACUGCCAAGGGGAACAACAAGAAACUUCUUCGUUGGAGUUUAGCUCUCCAAGAUUUUGAUUUUGAAAUUCAACACAUCACAGGAGCUUCUAACAAAGUUGCUGAUGCUCUCUCCCGUGAGAGU